AGAAAUCUUUCUAGCCUUGGAGAGUAAGGCGGAUACUCUUGUCCAUUUGAUAACGAGUUUUACGAUAUAUGAUAAAUAUUCUACACCUCUACCAAUAAGAUUUUCAAAAUUUUACAACCUAAAAAAGUUAACAAUUGAUGUUACUUAUCUCGAAUUUGGUUUUCAAUUAGAAAGUUCCUUCUUUCAAAAUCUUGAAAUUCUUCAAAUCGAUUAUAUUAGAAUCAUCACGAUCAUUCAUAUAAUUAAGAACAGUAGAGGACGACUCAGAAAAAUUUUGGUCAAUGAAUUUGAGUACGCUAAACACUUUUAUGAGGAUUCUCUUGAUCUUAUCCGUGCAAUCUCUGAAAAUUGUCCUUUAGUUGAAUAUUUGUCACUUGUAGUCUCAUCGUCAAAGGAACAUUUCGUUGAAUUUGAGAAAUUACUAAGAUCUUGUCAAAAACUGAAGACGUUAUUCAUCGUGAACAGGGAGAAAUACAGGUGGCUUGGAGAAAAGUUCGCCUACGAAAAGAGCUUAAUUAAGUCGGCAUCAAAUAAUCUAAGGGAAAUUAUAUUUGGUGAACAUGUUCUAUUGAAUUAUGGAUUCAAAUUUUCAUUGGAAGUCUUAGAGUCUCGGUUAGAAAACUGGAGAGAUCGAACUGCGCUUUCUACAAACAAAGGUUUUAGAUGCGGUUUCUCAAAGGAUCUUUUCGAAAAUAGAGUAAUAGAUUAA